GGAAGACAGCACCACCACACCACUACCACCACCAGGUCCACCUUCCGAUGCCACCACUCCGUCUCUCUCGUCACGGACCUUAUUUAACUCUCUUAGCCACUUCUCCGGCGAAAUUUAGCACUGAAAUUGACCUCUCAUAAUCGAACUGGCGGAGGAAACAAUAUUUAUUCUGAAACUAAGGCUUUUGUUGUACCCGUUGGUCAAAGGAGCAAACAUGGGAGACAAAAGUAGAAGAGAGUUUUGCGACUGUCAAUCUUCACAGUUCAAAACUGUGCUGAUCCUCGGUUAUUAAAUUAUUAUUAUCAGUUUCACAACUACAAUGUAUGCUGAAACAAAUUUUUUCUUGUUUUGUUUUUUUUUUUCUUUCAGUUAUUUAUGCAAUGGUUCCUAUCGGACCACAAGUUGAUGCUCUUUCUUCUAUGGAGUCGCUAUAAACCGAUACAAAAUUCCAAGUUUGCUUUGAUAAAUAUGUGACUUUAGCUAGAUGCAGAAGUGAGGGAAAAGGCCAAAGCUGCAGCAUUAUACCACCGACAUGAUGGAGGAUGAAAUUAUUGAAGUAGCUGAUACACAGCGGGGAAAGAGGCGAAAAGAUGUGGAAUCAGGUACUUGUUUUGGAGAGGAUGUAAAUGGGAGUGUACCUGGGAAUCCUUCUGAAACAGAGGUAAUCAGUAAGAUACACAAUGUAAAUGAUAAGCCAUAUGUGGGCAUGGAGUUUAAAUCUCACGAAGCUGCAAAGUGCUUUUAUGAUGCAUAUGCUAUGAAUGUGGGUUUCGGCACGCGUGUUGGGAAGUAUAACCGCAGUAAGCCUGAUGGACCAAUUGUUAGUUGGAAUUUUGCUUGUUACCGAGAAGUAAGCAAAAGGAAAAAUGUUGAAAGCUGUAAUGCUAUGCUUCAGAUAGAUAGAAAUGAUUGUGGCAGUUGGGUUGUGACUAAGUUUGUGGAGGAUCAUAACCAUUCUACAGUCAGUCCUACCCAGGUGCAUUAUCUUCGCCCUCGAAGGCAUUUUGCCGGGGCUAGCAUGAACGCAGCUGAGUGUAUGACUAUCAGCAGUGACAUUCUGGCUUCCGCUGAUGGAAAUCAUGUAUACAAGAAUAUCAAUCAGGUUGCAAAGAGUGGCUCCCCUGUCGAAAUAAAUUCUCCUCAAAAUUGUAACCCUGUCAUUCCGGCCAACCUUAAUCAACCCUGUGCACGAAGAACUCUGGGAAGAGAUGCUCAUAAUCUCCUUGAUUAUUUUAAGACGAUGCAGGCAGAAAAUCCUGGAUUUUAUUAUGCCAUACAACUUGAUGAUGAGAAUCGAAUGAUAAAUGUUUUCUGGGCUGAUGCGCGAUCAAGGACAUCAUACACACACUUUGGUGAUGCUGUUACAUUUGACACUAUGUAUCGACCUAAUCAAUUUUUGGUCCCAUUUGCUCCCUUCACUGGAGUGAAUCAUCAUGGUCAAAUAGUGCUAUUUGGCUGUGCUUUAAUUUUUGAUGAGUCUGAAGCUUCUUUUACGUGGGUUCUUAAGACAUGGUUAUCGGCAAUGAAUAAUCGCCCUCCCAUCUCUAUUACAACUGAUCAAGAUAGAGCCAUCAAAGCAGCAGUUAAUCAGGUACUUCCAGAAUCUCGUCACUGUAUAUGCAAGUGGCAUAUCUUACGUGAGGGUCGGGAAAGAUUGUCACAUGUAUAUGUAGCUCAUCCAUCCUUAUAUGCAAAGUUGUAUAGUUGUAUCAACUUUUCAGAGACAAUUGAUGAUUUUGAGUCUUCAUGGUGCUCCCUUCUUGAGAAAUAUGAUCUCCAGAAAAAUGAGUGGCUUCAAGCUGUAUAUAAUGCUCGCAAGCAGUGGGCACCGGUCUAUUUUCGAGAUACUUUUUUCGCUGAACUUUCAUCAGAGCAUAGGCUCAUCUCUUUUUUUGAUGGAUAUGUUAAUCAACAGACAAAUCUUCCAAUGUUCUUCAAGCAGUAUGAGAGAGCUUUAGAAGACUCUCUAGAUAGGGAAUUAAAAUCAGAUUUGGAUACAAUUGUGUCUAAACCUGAAACAAAGACUCCUUCACCGAUGGAACAACAAGCAGCAAACCUUUACACGAAGAAGAUCUUUGCAAAGUUUCAAGAAGAACUUGUUGAGACCUUUGUUUAUACUGCCAAUAAUGUUGAUGGUGAUGGAAUUGUUAGUAAGUUUAGGGUUGCAAAAUAUGAGCAAGAUGACAAAGCAUAUAUUGUGAUGUUCAAUUCUGUAGAUAUGAAAGUAAAAUGCAGCUGUCAGAUGUUUGAGUACUCUGGAAUUCUUUGCCGCCACAUAUUGACUGUUUUUACUGUCACAAAUACUCUUACUCUUCCAGCCCAUUAUAUAAUGAAAAGGUGGACAAAGAAUGCUAAAGAGGCACUCAGGUCUGAUGAUGAGUGUUUGGACUUGCCAGAUGUGGAGUCUCUUACAUCUCGUUUCAACACUUUGUGUCGAGAAGCCCUAAAAUAUGCCGAGGAAGGAGCAAUUGCUACAGAAACCUAUAUUGCUGCAAUUAGUGCAUUAAGGGAUGGUGUGAAGAAAAUUGAGGCGGUGAAGCAAAAUUUGGCAAAGGCUGGACAUUUCCUUGAAAGUGUUGGAUACAUUCAAGAAGAGAAUAACAAGAAGACCCCUGUACAGUUCCCUGAUAUGCCCUCUCCCUCGUGGCCAUGGCAAGAACCAUGGCAAGAUGCCGUGCCACAUCAGAUUAACCUGAAUGAUCUUGGUAUCCCUAUUGCUGGCUUUAAUCAACCAUCGUCGCUUCCUCUGUCUCUUAGCCGUGAGAGUUUGCUAGCUGAUGGCACGGUAGUUCGUUCUUGUUUUAAGUCCAUGACAUGGGUCAUAGAACACAAGGAUUCUUCAAAUAAAGUAGCUGUGAUUAAGAUGAAGCUGCAAGAACAUGGUAAUAUUCCUUCAGGAGAAACAGAUGUGCAAUUUAGGCUUACAAAGGUAACACUGGAACCAAUGUUGAAAUCAAUGACAUAUAUAAGUCAGCAGCUCUCUGCUCCAGCUAGGGUUGCUGUUAUGAAUUUAAAGCUUCAGGACAGCACAACUACCACUGGUGAAAAUGAAGUGAAAUUCCAAGUUUCAAGAGACACACUUACUUCUAUGUUGCGGUCAAUGGCCUACAUUCGUGAGCAGCUUUGAGGCUCUUGGAAAAGCAAUUCAAUGGUCGAUGACCUGCAGCCUGUUGCGGGGGUACAAACGAUCCACUUUCCUGGCGAGAGAAGACCGUGUUUUGUGCUUAUAUUGGGUAAAGGCCUCAACCUGGCAUAGUUUUUUUGGUGCAAUACUAAAGAUCACUUGCCCUGAAUUCAUGUAAACAAGUUGGUGUAUUCUCAGAUUGUAGUUCAAGGCCUUGCAAAUAGUUCAGUUAAUCAAAAUAUGGGCGGGGAAUGAAAUAUUAUCGCUUGCUGCUGUUUUUUGGAGCUAAAUUACAACGCCUGAAAGUGUGCAUUUAACUUCUAGGUGAUAUCAUCUAGUUGCUGGUGCUGUCUGCUUCACAUCCCUUCCCUUCCCUACCAGCUUUUGCGGCACCCUUUUUCCCUUCAUUUUUUUUUUUUAAAUUUUUUGGAAGACUUUUAGUUCCUAACUUUAUAACUUAGAAGAAUACUAGGGGGUCUUGUAAGACAUUUGGAGCAUGUCAGAUUGAGCUAGCUAGGUGCAGCUCUAGGGAAGCCAUGUAUAAAGAUAGGACGUUUAGGCUCUUUUGACAAGUAUUGCUCGUUUAGCGCAGCAAAUGUACAAAUUGUACUUUUGGGUACAUGGUAGUUACGUUACUCGCUUUUGUCCCUAAAUGGUUGUCAGUUUUAUGAUUUCUGUCUUCUGACGGGGUUGGGGUUGUAGAGAACAACAUUCUAUGAUACAAAAUUCUGAUCUUGGCCUCCUAGAUUGAUGGUGGGCUCGUUAUGGUCUUUUCAGAAAGAAGGUGAUUUGGUGAAGAGGUUGUCAAUGAAAGUUCUGGAAUUAUUACUAUGAAUGUUAGUAAAAAUCAAUCAAAAAGACAUUUGCAUGAAUUAUGGCUUUUAAAAUAUGACGGUGGAGUAUGAAUUUACUGCAACUUCAUUGGAUUCCUCAGAAGUGUAAUUAUGUUACUAUCCACUACUGCAAAAUCAGAUUCUGGGUUUCUUAGUAACGUGUUUUCUCUGUUUUAUUUUAUUUUAUUUUUUAUAAUUUAUUUUUUUCCCUUUUUGGGGGUUGGCUGAUAAGAAAUAACAGUUUCACUCUGAUUUUCAGUUUGUCACAAAAGCUUAAUUACAAAAAUGCAGGGGAAAAAAACCAGCAAAAACAAUGGUUUACAAAAGAUAUAAGCAGUUCUCGGAAAUCAUAAGUAACAAUCCUCGAAUCCAACUUCAUUUAGUCCAAAUCAUCUUCAGGUGAGGGAAAACAGCUUUGAUUUACCAAGGUACAUGAUAUCUUGGGAAUGCAUCCAUGGAGUUUUCAAAGGAAGGUAUCCUAGAAUGUGUACCAUAACCGAAGUCCACUCUGUCGUUGUCGAGGUUUCUAUUGCAAAAUAAAUCAUAUGCUGGUGUUGAAGCAGCAUAUAGAAAUCCAGUCGCAGGGAAAGCAUUGUGGCCCGGAGGCACAGUUUCUUGCAAUACUCCAUUUUUUAGCAUGACGCUCGAAGUCAGGAGGUUUCCAUUUGCAUUAAGAUGGGAUGAUAGGUGCUGCAGGUUUCGAUUUUCGAUAGACGUUACAUUCCCAGAAGUAGAACCAGCAGUUGUUUGAAAGUUGUUAUCGUACUUGGACAUAAGCUGAGAUAUUAGCCUUUGACCGUCUUCUGGAAUACCAAGUUCAGGAAUAUUCCAGCUAGAUGGAUCCUGAACACUGAACUGAGAAGCAGCUGUAGGCUGAGCAGCAGGUAAAGAGAUAGCCAAGUUCUGGUAGUGGUUAUUACUCACCGGAUAGUUUGAUGCGCCACGACUUCCAGAAGCAUCAGAUCCAUAAAGGCAGUAAAACUGAUGAUUCAUUUUCAGUGUCAUGUUUUCAAAUCCCUGGUUGUAGGAACUGUAGGGGCAAUGUUGAUUAUGACAGGUAUACUUUUUCUUUUCCAUGUCUCCCUCUACAGAUGAAUUCUUCCGCUUAUUGCAAUUAAUCCCGACUAAGGGAACCUUCUCCGUGUCUUCAGCUAUCGUGGUAAAUGGGUGGACUAGACUGUUGAGCUCUCCACCAUUGCAAGUCUCGCCAUCCAAUGUCUUAAAUUGGAUGUCACAGGAAUCAGUAGCAGGAAAAGGUUCAUUCCUGGUGUCGGUAUACAUUGCCUGAGCAUGACUAUGAAGCUUUUGAGCCAAAAUCUCCUCGUGGUUAACCAUAGCAAGCAGAGUUGCAGUGUCCUUGGCUGUCAUCUUAUCCUGAAGGCACUUGGACUGUUUAACGAGCCUGUGAAUCUUUGAGAUGUCGGGAGACAUGUGCUUGACAACCGCUGUCAGGAUACCUACUUUCCAAGCCUUCUUUAAAUCAUGAGGCUUUUUGUAUGGAGGAGAACCUUGAUCCUUUGGCAGACCUAACUCUGGCCACCAUUCCUCGCUACCAGUAGGCCACCACGGUGGAGGUACACCCUUCUCUAAAGGAAACCGUCUUUGAGGUGGAUCACAGUGCUGUAUGAGAGCCGAUAGAAGUGAUCCUAGAGUAGAAUCCUGAAGCUCAAGUAAAGUGCGAGGAGUUGAUGUAAUUGCGCCACCGUUUUCAACCUUCGUUCCAACAGAAUGCUCUGCUUGAUACUUGGCAACUGCAGCUGGUGCGCGUUGAUCAAACCGCACAUUCUCCUUCCACCAAGCGCGAAGAUUGUCAGAUGCACCGGUGACAGGUUUACCUUUUUCAGGAAUGAUGCCAUACACAAAACCUUGCGCAUUGCAAACUUCCAUCAUCUUUAGCAUGGACUUCAGCAUACAAUCAUGUAUGCGCGACAUCUGCUUCCUCCGCGCCUUUGCUUCUCGACGCUGCUGUGAAGUUUCCUCAGCUUCCUCAAAUUUCUGCUUUCCUUUCAGUUUUCUCAACCGCAUUUUAUCUCUCCAUAUCCUUUUCUCGAGCUCGCUGAUAUCCAUCACCUCCUCAUCAUUGUUCUCAUCCUCUAUCAACCUUCCAUUUUCGGCCUCCUGAUUGAAGUCGUCUUCUCCAUAACCCGUUGAAAGGGGAUCCAAAUCAUCAAAGAAUCCCAUUUCUUCUAAGAACGCCAUCUUAAAGAGUCGGGAUCUGUUGCUCAAAGUUUUUUUUUUUUUUUUUGUUUUUUUUGAUAAAUGUUGCUCGAAGUAGAUUACAGAUGCUCAGCUACCAAACUGAUAAGUCUGCAAAUUUUAAGAAAUGAACAACAUUAAAUCUGAUUGGAUUCCCUUUAGCUAAGAGCUCUGUAACAGCAUUUGAGUCAUAUAUACUUUUUGCAAUUUGCAUUCAAACACGCUAUCAAGAGUCGAGACAAAACACAACUCCCAAG